CAGAAGUGUAAUGGCGGAUGCAAAGUAAGCUGUCAAAGUAUGGUGCAUUAUAUUUUUCCUUUUCAUGAACGAUUAAAUAUAGUUCAUCGAAGAUUAAGUAAGAAGGUAGCAAAUAUGCGUUGAAUAAGUGAAAUUAUGAAAUAAGUAAUGCAAUCUAUGUAAUUUGUAUAUAUAACUAAAAGUGAGAAUUUCUUGUAUAUACCAAUUAAUAACUCUUAAAACAAUUUCUACUUUACCAUGAUGAAUAAUCGGCGGCGAACAAAUAACUUCACUUAUGUUAGUUCUUGUGUGAAGUAUAUGAUAUUUAUGCUCAAUUUUGUUUUUUGGUUAUUUGGAGGCCUUUUAAUUGGAGUAGGUUUAUAUGCAUUUGUGGAUAAAUGGCAAGCAACUGGUUCCGUUAGAGUAGAAAAUGUAUAUGAUGUGAUCCUUAAUAUUUCACUUGUGAUGGUUAUCGCUGGAGGAGUAGUCUUUGUUGUUAGUUUUGCAGGAUGUGUUGGAGCAUUACGCGAAAAUACUUGUCUUCUUAAAUUUUAUUCACUAUGUCUAUUGGUAUUCUUCUUGCUUGAGAUGGGUAUUGCAAUUGUUGGUUUUGUAUUCCCACAUACAUUGCAAUCAUUAUUGGAGGAGUCAUUUACAGAUAAAAUCAUACAAACAUAUAGGGAAGAUCCUGAUCUACAAAAUUUUAUUGAUUUUGGGCAACAAAAAUUUAGAUGUUGUGGUUUAAGUCAAGAAGGAUACUUGGAUUGGGGAAAGAAUGAAUAUUUUAAUUGCUCCAGUCCUAGUGUUGAACGUUGUGGUGCACCAUUUUCAUGUUGCAUUAAUGCUACAGACAUAUCAAGUGGUCUUGUGAAUAUAAUGUGUGGCUAUAAAGUGCAAAUGUUACCAGUAUCUGAAGCAGGCAAGAAAGUAUGGACUAGCGGUUGCAUUGAAAUUGUACGAAGUUGGGCAGAACGCAAUUUGUACACAAUAGCUGGUAUUGCUUUAGGUAUAGCUCUUAGUCAACUUUUUGUCAUAUAUCUUGCCAAGACAUUGGAAGGUCAAAUUGAAUUGCAAAAGUCUCGUUGGCAUUCCUGAGCUUGACUUCAGGCCACCUACCGCUAUCAGAUUCAUUCUCCUCCCAGCAGGCAGGUGGCCAGUGGCCGAAUAAGAGGCCAAGACAAUGAAACAAAUGUAAAUGUCCGGAUGACUUUACUUGUUCUUUUUGCAAUCUCUGUAUACAUACUUUGUAUUCUUUCUUUGAUCAGACUUGUACUUUACUUCAGAAACUAUUUUCAUGUAUAUUUAAGCAAAGGCUAGCUUUUAUUUUCUUUUA